AUGUUGCACGAGUCCAUGGCAUCGCUAGCUCCGUCGAUAAAUGACCGUGUUGAAAUCCCGAUUAUUGAUGAUGACGAGCCUCUCGUCGAUGUGGUUCAGAAGUUGCAUAGUUUCAUGAUAUCGUCUAUAUCAGAGGUUUGGUAUAAAUUCGAGGAGUUAAAACUGGCUCCAGACCCACGUCUGCGAGCACUGGUAAAUUCAUUGGCAGAAGAUUCUCAUAAUCCUCGUAUUGUGCCUGCAUUGAUGAUCCUCAAGUGGAGGUUCGAUAAGUUUGCUGAGCACGACGAUGGCCAAAACGAAACGAGAGGAUAUGCGUGCGAGUAUGUGGCUUGGCAGUUCCUCUGCCAUCUCAAUGAACGCGAAUUGAUCGAGUAUCUCCUUGAGGAGCUUAAACCCCCAACCCAAUACACGAGCAGUAUUGACUCUGCCGAGGCUGGUAUAGGCGGCCGUGCAACUUGUAUGGUUGAGAAUAAUUUGCCCGGAGAUGAGCAUACGCCGUUGCUGUCCAGCUCCACUACUCGAUCACAACUUUUAGAGAGAAACAGACAACACGAGGACUAUUUUGGUAGUGAACAUCUGGAGACUAACAACUACUUCCCUGAUGGAGAUGGAGAUGGGUUCUCCAUGUUCCUUGGCCUGAAUGCACUCGAGAUUGCUACUAUCGCCCACGCAAAGAAGUUUCUCAGUCAGAAGGUGGUGCAGAAAGUGGUGAAUGACAUUUGGAACGGAGAAAUAGUCUUUUGGGACUCGCUGAGUGUCCACUCCACCAAGAAACCUCAGCGCUUCAACAAAAGGACGGCUGAUCCUUAUUCUCGUCUCCGUGUUCCUGUGUAUCGGAAGGCUUUCGAAGCUGGGUUCUUUGUCUCCUUCCUCCUUCUCUACUAUGCAGUCCUGCUGGAACGAAACCCAGCGAGAGUUGGGAACUUCGAAGCCAUAUUAUACGUCUGGAUUGCAGCUUUCGCUUAUGAUGAGCUGAGCGGCCUCGUAGACUCUGGCAUGCUUUUCUACCAGAUGACCUUCUGGAACCUCUGGGAUCUGUGCAUAAUUGGGACUGGACUUGUAUUUGUCGUGACAAUCUUUUGUGCCUGCUCUAUGGAUUCUUUACUGAAGACCCUGCCUAGGAACUAUCGGCUUAGGAUAUUUUCCCUCGUCAGCUUGAAUCCCUACUUUGGAAGUCUUACCAAAGCCUUCUUUCGAUUUGUUCCUGUGAUUAUCAUCCUGUACCUGGGGUUCCUGACGACUUUCACGAUGCUGGCCCGUGACCGACUUUCGUCCAAGAAUAUGUCCUGGAUUUUAGUCUAUGUGUUCUUUGGGACAUUUGCUAUGAUUCUUCGGAUGCGGGUUGAUGCUCGUUUUUGUCUCGUCAGUCUCAUGAGCAUGAGCAUGGAGGGUGUUAUGUCGCAUGCCCGAGAAGAAUAUCUCUUCCAGCUGGCCAUCUAUGUUCUAGAAAGUAGCACUUCCAAGAGACUAACAUACUUCAUGCCUCCGUUGAACCUCAUUCCACUCCUUUGCAUUCGCCCAAUGAGACUUUUCCUACCUGCAGCGGAAAUCCGGCGAGUGCGCAUCAUUCUUCUUAGAGCGACUCACCUACCGUGCGUUGCACUGCUUUGGGCUUAUGAGUCCAGUCGCCGUUUUCUGUCAAGGAGAAACAGCCUUGCUUCAGCAAGAAUGACGCCUAAGAGAUUGAGCCGUCCUACCUCCACGAUACAGGCCCGCUCCGGCCCGUAUAGCCAUCACGUUAUGGCUUUGACUUCUGGGCUAGACGUUCAUUCCCGCGCUUCUCUCAGGACAAGAAGGCACUCACAACAUGAGCAGCGACCCGGACAGGAAGAAGAAGUAGCAGACAUGCUUGACGAGAUGGAAAGGCUUCGUGCUCAGAUGGGGCGAGUUGCCGCUGCUUUAGGCGUCCAUCAUCGUCGCCGGCAGUAA